GCAGCCCCCGCGGCGCAGGCGCGGAGCACGCGGCCAAGAUGGCGCUGCUGCGGCAGGUGUACGGGUCGCUGUUCCGCCGCACCUCCACCUUCGCGCUGACGGUCGUGCUGGGCGCGGUGCUCUUCGAGCGCGUCUUCGACCAGGGCGCGGACGCGCUCUUCGAGCAGCUCAACCAAGGGAAACUGUGGAAACACAUCAAGCACAAGUAUGAGAACUGAGCAGCUCAGCAGCAGGAGCCAGCCUGGGGUGGCAAGAGGCACUGCAGGGAUGGAUUCAGCCUCCUGAAACUGGGAAUGGAUUCCUGAUGGGACAACUCCGAGCCAGAUUCCAUCAGCCACCUACUGAUACGAUGUGAAGCCACAUGGACCAAGGACUUCUGCUGCUGUACUCAACUUCAGUGUUCAAAUAAAACUCCUGGUCCUGUC